AUGUUACUGCUAAGAAAUAAUCCUCAACCUUUACGAAAGGAAGAGAAACCUGCUUAUCCGGCCCGACUACCACCCGCCUUUUGGGAUAAAUUGUCGGAGGUUCCUCUAACUAAAAACGCCUUACGAGAGCUGGAGAGAAGAAAGCCUCACCAACCUGGUACACAACCUAACACUGCGCAGCAUCUCGACGAGCAUAGCCCAACUGAAAGAGAACGGAUCAAACGCUUUGCGAGAAUAGGAGGUCCCGAUCUAUCUCAUUUACGAGGAGUAGGCAUGGGCGAUAGGCGAUCCCAUCUCGGCCGUCAAAAACGUCCCUCGGCUUCCGCUUCGGAAAGCACCCCUACGGUACCACCAACGAGCACUAAGAAAACUAGCCCGUACGAUCGGGCCUUUCAACAGCUUCUUAUCGACCAUGGAAUUUACCCCGACAAUUAUGAAUAUCCUAGCGGGCAGGUAUUACCUCCACCUGAAAACUUGGAAGAGAUUAUGCAAACAAUAGUGAAACCGCAGCCUUCUCUAUCCCCUUCGCGCUUUACCCGAGAGGAUUUUGAACAAUUCAAACGAGCAAAUGCACGUGCGCGUAAAGAGUGGCAGGUUAUAUCCGACGUCAUACCUAUCAUCGAAGGUAAGGUGAUGGAUAGCAGCUACGUUUCUGGGCAGGUCCCAUUUACAAACCUUGAGGAUCCAACGGGUGGCUUACUUGUACCUGGCAAUCCCGACCGUUAUUAUGGCGCCCGUCCUGAACAGCUCGAUCGAGAAGUUCGAAUACAACUAAAUAAACACAUUGUGCCAUCGACGCAGCAUGAUCUCCCUAUCGUACCCAACUUUUUCCUGAAUGUAAAAGGCCCAGGUGGAACCCCAGAAGUAGCUGAGCAUCAAGCAUGCUACGACGGCGCGCUAGGAGCAAGGGGCAUGAAUAGCCUCCAGAGAUAUAGCGACCCGGAAUGGGACGCUAAUAACAAGGCAUAUACGUUAACAUCGACAUAUCAAAAGGGCCAUCUAAAUAUAUACGCUAUUUACCCACUAUCACGAGCUAGCCUAGAGAUGCCUCGCGAAUAUGCAAUGAUGCAGAUCAACGCCUAUGCUAUAACUGGUAAUAUUGAUAACUUUAGGAUUGGAGUGGGUGCGUAUCGCAAUGCACGAGACUGGGCAAAGCAAAAAAGAGACGAGGCAAUCCGAAGAGCAAAUGAAACAGCGGCACGGAAUAGACGCGACACAUGACCGUUGUCUCAUUACUGUAAUUUUCAUUUGGCACUGCCAUCGAUGCGAGUCCGCGGUUGAGCCUAACAGCAACUGCGAAUGCGGCCACAUUGGUGUCACCUGUCAGACAGGUUGGUCCCAGAGUGGAUAGAAGGUCAGUCACAGUUAAGUAGGUAGGUAGAAGGGGGUAGUAUAGGCGUCAAUAUUUACUGAAU